AUGGUUGAUUGCAAGCCGUGUGAUACACCUUGCUUGCCUUACACUCGAUUACUCAAGGAUGAUGGUUCUCCUUUUAACAAUCCUGCAACUUAUCGAAGUAUAGUAGGUGCAUUGCAGUAUCUCACUUUCAUCAGGCCGGACAUUGCUUUUUCUGUUCAUCAAGUGUGUCAGUUUAUGCAGACCCCUAUGGUUUCUCAUUACACUACAGUCAAGAGAAUAUUGCGAUACUUAAAAGGUACUAUGACCUUUGGUAUAUCAUAUUCUGCUAGUGACUUACAGUUAAAAGCCUUUAGUGAUGCAGAUUGGGCCGGCGACCCUAAUGAUCGAAGGUCUACAACGGGCUUAAUUGUGUUUUUAGGUGGCAAUCCUAUAUCCUGGUCCUUUAAGAAGCAGAAUAUCGUGUCUCAAUCCUCUACAGAGGUGAAAUAUCGGGCUAUGUCUUCCACUUCCGCUGAACUGGAUUGGAUCCAACAGCUUCUUUAG